UUCAGUUGGCAGCUGCCCUGUUUCUGCUUCAUGUCCUGCCCAAAAUGCCCUCCUCCUACCCUCCACGCGGCUGUGUAUACAAAGAGAACGCAUCCCCCCAUUGCUCACUUGCCCCCUCCUCCUCUUUCACACCUCACCUCCCACCAAGAUAAAGAGCAAGAACAGCAAGAGCAAGAAGAGGAGGAGGGAGACCACACAAUCUAUCACAAGCUUAGCAAGAUUUAUCAGCAAGGAAAUGGCAGCUCUGACGAGCUACGAGAUGGCGGCCUCCAUCUUGCUCUGCGCCGAGGACAGCAGCAGCGUCCUCGGCUUCGGCGGCGAGGAAGAGGAAGAGGAGGAGGACGUCGUGGCUGGGAAGAGGGCCAGGUGCGCUGGUCCGCCGCCGCCGCCGUGCGUGGACGUCGCUGGCGUGGAUUUCGCCGUGCCGUCGGAGGAAUGCGUCGCCCGCCUGGUGGAGACGGAGGCGGACCACAUGCCGAGGGAGGACUACGCCGAGAGGCUGCGCGCCGGCGGCGGCGACGGCGACCUGGAUCUUCGCGUCAGGAUGGAUGCCAUCGAUUGGAUUUGGAAGGUUCACUCCUACUACAGCUUCGCUCCUCUUACUGCCUGCUUGGCCGUCAACUACUUGGACCGCUUCCUCUCACUCUACCAGCUUCCGGAUGGCAAGGAUUGGAUGACGCAGCUGCUAGCAGUAGCGUGCUUGUCGCUUGCUGCCAAGAUGGAGGAAACCGAUGUGCCUCAAUCGCUGGACCUGCAGGUCGGGGAAGAACGGUACGUGUUCGAGGCGAAGACGAUCCAGAGGAUGGAGCUGCUGGUCCUGAGCACCCUCAAAUGGAGGAUGCAGGCCGUCACUCCCUUCUCCUACGUCGACUACUUCCUCCGCGAGCUCAACGGCGGCGAUCCGCCGUCGGGACGCUCGGCGCUGCUGUCUUCAGAGCUCAUCUUGUGCAUAGCUAGAGGAACAGAAUGCUUGGGAUUCAGGCCGUCGGAGAUCGCCGCCGCGGUCGCCGCCGCCGUGGUCGGAGAAGAACACGCCGCUUUCUCCCAUGUAAAUAAGGAGAGGAUGUCGCAUUGCCAGGAAGUGAUUCAGGCCAUGGAGUUGAUACAUCCAAAACCUUCAAGCCCCAGCAGAGUCUUCGUCUCCUCCUCCAUUCCACGGAGCCCUACUGGCGUGUUGGAUGCAGCAGGCUGCCUCAGCUACAGGAGUGACGAUUCAGCUGUUGCCUCACACUACGCAGCAAGCAGCUGGGGAUAUGAACAUGAUAGCUCCCCGGUUAGCAGCAAGAGGAGGAAGAUUAGCAGAUGAUGCAGCCAAUGAUGGAUCAAUUAAAAGUCUGUUUAUAUGUGUUGCGAAACUGAUCGUGCAUCUCUCUUUCUUGGGAAAGUCAAAUGGUUUUGAUUGCAAAUGACUGUGGAGCCUUUCGAUGCCGUAUGGGAGCUAGAGCCUGAAAGGCGAUGAAGGACCAAAAGCAAGGCAUUUUCGACAUGGCAACAGAGCAAAGAUACUGAUGGAUAAAGAGAGUCUGAGGUAGACAUGUGCUCCAAUAUUUUCAUGUGCUUUAGCGUUAGUUGCUAGGAGGCAGGCAGCCACAAAAGAGUAGAGGAUUUGUGGGAAGAGAGCCGGGCGAGAUGAAAAUGAGAUGACCAAAAUAAAGGCAGAGACGAGGUGACAGUGGCACAAGGCAAAGCGAGCUAGGCACUGACACUCCAGAUGUCCUGCGUGUGUUUCAGUUUUGCGUUGUUCUGUAAUUUCCCCUGCUUAAUUCCUUUGUGAAGAAAAAUCAUAAAAAAGGAGAGAAACAAACAAUUUUGGUGUCAAACUCCAAUAAUUCAGCAUAACUAAACUACAAGAAGAAGCUGAAGCAAAAAAAAAAAAAGAAGAUAAAAGUAAAAGACAUAGACAAAACCCAUAAGAGCUGGAGGAGGGUUUCUUCUGAUCAUUUCUGAGGUGUUAUGAACAAUCAACAUCACAUAUUCACAUAUGAUCAGUUCCCUUUUGCUUUGUGCUAGUGCUUACGACUAUCUUGCUGCCACCCUACAUUGUUUGACCAGUUGUCUGCAUGGACCAUGGAAUUCGCCUCUUUGCCCUUGAAAGGAGAAGGGACAUUGUCUGGAGAAACCUCGGGAACACAAACAUAAAAAUAGUGCUCCUACUAGUGCCAUACAGGAGAGUUGAGAAUAUGGCUAAAGAAAUUAGGUUGGUCCUUUCUCUGGAGUUAAAGCUUCUCUGCUCCCAAACUAUAAAACUGCUAGCAAGAUUAUUCCUUCCUGAGUUGGAUUUCUUUUUCAGGUGACCCAUUUUGCGUUGUUUAGGUUGCUUGUUCGCCAUAUGUUCCAAGUAAGGACACUUAACUACUAAUAAUGCAAUGCUUCCAGACAAGCAUGGCUGUAGGCAACAAUAAAGAUACUGUUCAGUGCC